UUAAUAUGAGACGCUCGGUGGAAGGCAAUAGGGCCGUUACUGAAGAACGAAGCGACAAGAAAGCAUAUGAAAACGGCAAGGACGCCCAAACCACACGGCAACGCCGAGAAGAUUCGCGUUAGUCUACGCCGUUUCCAUGAUGACUCCGAUUUCCCUCUCUCUGAUCUCCAACAUUCUCCAAUAAAAUAUUGAUAUUGUAGUUGUUUGUUGCCAAUCCCGAGAGAAAAAAAAAAAAGAAAAAAAAAAAGGGUAUUUCCUGUUUUCUUUAGUUGUUCAGCCGUCAGCUUUGGAUCGGAUUGAUGAGCAAUGCAGAGAUCUCGCCGAGCUCUUCUGCAAAGAACAGCUUUGGAGAAGGGUAUAACUGGAAGAAGAAAUUGCUUCUACAAGGUUUCUCUUUCCUUGGUUUUUGUUCUGUGGGGACUUGUCUUCCUUUUUAGCUUAUGGAUCAGUUUUGGCCAUGGUUAUAGAGGUGAAUCUGCAGUACUUCCGGUUGGCAUAUCCACUUGGGAUGAAGCUAAGGUGGGACAUAAUGAACACUCAGAUAGAGUAGAAAAUCAUCAACUGAAAGAAACUGAUUCUUUUUGUUCUCCUGAGGCUUCGUGCACAAAUGGUGCUGAAACCAGAGGUUGUGGUAGUAAAUUAGUUUGUGGAGAAGGAAGUACAAACGAUGUCUCAGUUGAAGGGAGAAGGGAUGAUCUCUCAACUGUUCGAGAGCAACCUGAGGUGGAGAACUCCAGUUCAACUUUGAAAUCUGAAAAUGAUGAUCCAAAGACCGAUCAUCUGUCUCAUAGUGUUCCACUUGGUCUUGAUGAGUUCAAGAGCAGAGCCUUCAGUUCCAUAAGUAAACCUGGAACUGGUCAGGCUGGAAGCGUAAUACACAGAGUGGAGCCUGGAGGUGCUGAGCACAAUUAUGCUUCAGCAUCCAAGGGAGCAAAGGUUUUGGCUUUUAACAAGGAAGCCAAGGGUGCCUCUAAUAUCUUAGGUAGAGAUAAGGACAAGUAUCUUCGAAAUCCAUGUUCUGCAGAAGAGAAAUUUGCUAUUAUAGAGCUUUCAGAAGAAACCUUAGUAGAUACAAUUGAAAUAGCUAACUUUGAGCACCACUCUUCUAAUUUAAAAGAUUUUGAGCUGCUUGGCAGUUUGGUUUAUCCAACAGAUGAAUGGGUCAAGCUCGGGAAUUUCACUGCUCCAAAUGUGAAGCAUGCUCAGAGGUUUGUUCUUCAGGAGCCAAAAUGGGCAAGAUACCUAAAGUUGAAUCUUCUGAGCCAUUAUGGUUCGGAAUUCUAUUGUACACUGAGUUUUGUUGAAGUUUAUGGUGUAGAUGCUGUUGAACGAAUGCUGGAAGAUUUGAUAUCUGCUCAAGAUAAGAAAGUGUAUGUUCCUGAGGAAGUAACUGGUGACCAAAAGGAAAUACUCACCCAGCCAGAGCCCACUGAAGGUGUGAAUCCUGAUCAAGAUAUUAUAGAAACUAGGGUGCCUGAUCCAGUUGAGGAAAUGCGUUACCCACAAGUUGGCAGGAUGCCUGGGGACACUGUUCUCAAGAUAUUGAUGCAGAAAGUACGGUCACUGGAUUUAAAUUUAUCUGUUUUAGAGCGAUAUUUGGAGGAAUUGAUUUCCAGCUAUGGAAAUAUUUUCAAAGAAAUCAACAAAGAUAUAGGAGACAAAGAUAUAAUUUUAGAGAAGAUCAGAGAAGACGCAAGGAAUCUUCUGGACAGUCAGGAGGUCAUUGCUAACGAUGUCGACAAUCUUAUUUCUUGGCGAUCCGAUGUUUCCAGGCAGUUGGAUAAUUUACUCCGGGACAAUGCUGUUCUCAGAUCUCAGGUUGAUAAGAUCCAUGAGAAUCAGAGGUCUAUGGAGAAUAAGGGUGUCAUAGUAUUUUUGGUAUGUUUAAUAUUUGCAGUUUUGGCUCUUGUGAGGCUAUUCUUAGAUCUGGCGGUGAGUGUUUAUAAAGCAUCGAGUGUUUAUAGAACAAAUAUGUCCGGGAAAUUUUGCUGGAUGAACGCUUCCUGGCUAUUCUUACUAUUGAGCUGUACUACCAUUAUUUUCAUACUAUCAAUAUAGAGAAAUAGAGAAAUGUUUGUUUUCUAUAUUAUGCCCCUCUCUUGUCCAUCUCCAGACAAGAGACGGGUAAGUCCACCAUUAAAUAUGUUGAACUAUGUGAGUUUCACAUAUUCAAUGGUAAAUUUGUAGAAGAGAAGUAUGUGUAACGGUUCACAUCACUAUAAUACAUAUUUUGUUGGAAUAAA